AGGCAGAGAAUGGUGCGUGCAGACGCACAGUGCGCUCUGAAGAGGAGGAACACACUCCACUUCUCUCCGCUGCCAAGCGAACUCUUCACAACACGGGAGGAAACAAGCGCCGGGCUGGUUGUCUUCGGACGGAGAAGAGCAGGAAAAUAACCCGAUCCGGAGGAUAUUAAAUCACUUUUACGGCCCUUUUUUGUCGGGAGUUGCUGUUUUAUCACCGAGUGGCGUCUUGGCUGCGCGUUGGCCUGUCGUGCGUCUCGUCCGCCUCAAUGGUGUUAAACUCUGAGCGUCACGUUUACGGAGCCUUCAGCUGGGAUGUAGCGGAGGACAAACCCACCUAAACCCGCUUCAUACUUUUCAUUCGGCAGGAAUAUCGUGACAUUUGUCGAAGGUAAAUUACAUUUUGAAAGACUGAUGCUGGUUUGUGGAAACGGAAACUGAAACACUUCUCUGAAAGUCUACUGACUUUUUUUUUUUUAACGUUGAUGGUGGGUUGCCUUAUGAUGACCCCCGUCUGGAGGUCAUAGCUGACGCUUCUUAUUUCCCACCACAUCACUGCCCCUCACCCCAAUGAUGACUAUGAGCUCUAUAUCGGACACUUUAGUCCCGCCUGAUCCGUCCAAAUCGGCGUUUUUGGAGUUCGGCGGCCACGGCUACCCCGGACACCAGCAGUCCUCCCCCGGCCUGUCCCACAACCAUUACCCGGUCCACGGUCUGCACGCCGUCGGGCCCUCGCAGCACGACGGGCCCUUCUCCCCCGGUGCAUCCUCGUACGGUCGCCCGCUGGGAUACCCGCCCUAUCACAGCCCCGUGAGUGCGCACCACCCCGGGGCCUACCUGCCCUAUCAGCACGGGGGUCACGGCGGCGCGCUUGGACACACCAGACUGGAGGAUGCAGAUCACGAGAAGCCCACGGCGGUGAUAGAGAACGGGGAGGUGAGGCUGAACGGGAAGGGGAAGAAGAUCAGGAAGCCUCGGACCAUUUACUCCAGCCUGCAGCUCCAGGCGCUCAACCAGCGCUUCCAGCAAACCCAGUACCUCGCCCUGCCCGAGAGGGCCGACCUGGCGGCCAAACUGGGCCUGACGCAGACCCAGGUGAAAAUAUGGUUCCAAAACAAACGAUCCAAAUACAAGAAGAUCAUGAAGAAUGGGCCCUGUGGACCUGAGGGAGACCACCUCGCCCCCCCACCGCCGUCCUCCUCUUCUCCGUGCUCCCUGUGGGACAUCAGCAUGGCCGCCAAAGGUGCGCCGGUGCACUCUGGAGGAUACAUGAACAAUUUUGCUCACUGGUACUCCGGACACCAGCAGGACUCCAUGCCGAGGACUCAGAUGAUGUGACAGACAGGAGGACACAACACUUCCAGGACAAAUUAUGGAUUUAUACCAGCAAGCUGACUGGAGCUGUUAGGGACACACGGACAUUGUUAAGAGUCUGAGCCACUCUGGAGGCAAAGAUAAUAUAAGUGGCAGAGAUCAAUUGCAGUGAACAGUUAUUGUGGCUAAGUUCAUUUAGGCUGAGAUCAGCUAAAAAAUAUAAACUUAUAUAGUACAGACUGCUACAAAGAUCAUUAAAAAGUUCACACAAAAUGUUACUUAGAAUUUACGUUAUAGUCCUUAAUUUCACAAAUCAGCACAGUAACCAUAGAAAUGGGGUGAACCUGGCUACACUUUAGCACCAUUGCAACAGCAUUAUAAAUACCAUUAUACAUUAUAGCAUUAUAAAUAAACCGAGUAAGACCGCUAAGGAGCUUCCAACUAGCUGUCAGCUUAUGUCAGCUAAAGCUCUCACAAAAAAUUUCCUUGUAACAUUGGUUAGCAGUUAGCAGAUCUCAUGAGUGAUUAGCGAUAUAUGAAUAGCGCUAAAUUGGUCAAUGGCUCAACUGUGAGAAUUGGAUGCUUAGUUCUGAUAGGCUGCAGAGCUGAGAACUGAGCAUGUGGUGCCACACAAAGCCCAGCACUCGGCAGCGAAGUUUAAAAAAAAAAAAAAAAAAAGCGUUCUAACCACAAGAGUUUGCAUAGUUAGCCUAGCAGACCUUCCAAAUUCAAAUGAGCCAUGCUAGUCUACAGUAAGUAAGUUAGCAACAUUUUAUUUAUAUAGCACCUUUUAAAACAAAGUUACAAAGUGCUGCACAGGAUAUAGAUACAGAAAACUAAACAACAUACAUAUAUAGCAAUAUACAGAAAAUUAAUUACAGCCCCAUUGCAGGGAAGGUAAGUUGGUAAAAAUGGGUUUUUAGAAGUUUUUGAAAGCUGUUUUCAGACAGCUCAUCUAACAGAGGGGGACUGUUCCAGAGAGAUGGGGCCCUAACAGCAAAAGCACAAUCGCCCUUGGAUUUGCGGAGGGUGUGGGAUAUAAAUAAGAGAGUAUCUUAAAAUCAAUUCUAUACUUAACGGGUAGCCAGUGAAGGGAUGCGAGGAUUGGUGUGAUGUGGAAUCUGCGGUUGGUUUGGGUGAGCAGCCUGGCUGCAGGGUAUAUAGCUAUAGCCGUGUGAAGGAACUUUCAGACACAACGUGAUUUGCACAGCUUCGUUUCAACGCUCUCUGCGCCCAAAAGUUAACUCUAGCUGGCUUGGAGCGCUUUGCUCUGCGCAGCGUAAAGCCGUCGUGGCGAGGCGCAAGCCAAUGGAAAUAAUGGGUUUCAGAGCGCAGUGUCGCGUUGUGUCUCUGCUUAUAAUUUACUCCACCUAUUAAGAUUUAAAGUGAGAGUGUGCCACUUUUGCUGAACACCAGCCUUGGGCGAAAGUCACAAUUACAUGAUAAUGGGAAAUGCUAAAAUGUAGCUUUACAGCAGCAGAUUAGAGUAAGAAAGUCAACGAACAGACUCAGUAAUGUCCUUUACACAGCAAUAUCUAUGCAAAGUUUAUAUUAGCUAACAUUAGCCACCAUAAGCUACUGGUCACUGACUACUGACUAUGUAAGGCUGUAGCGACAACGCCUGAGCGUACUGAAUGGAGCAAGGGUUUUUAUUAAUCGCUUAUGAAUUCAACUUUUCAUUUGCAAGAGGAAGAAGGUGUUAUUUCUUCUUUCAGAAAAAAAACAUAGCCUCACUUUAAUACAGCCAGUCAAGUUAUUUCUGCCUCCAGAGGAGCUCUGCCUGCCAAGACAUUUUAGAUAAAGCUACAACUGAAGCUACAACUCAAAACUAAUGCCAGCGCUGCAUCUCUGUUUCUGGACAUUUCAGGUUUUUUCUGUCUUUUCAGUGGGUUACAGUGGGGCAGGCACACAAAAAAAAAAGGGGGGGAAAUGUUUUUUUUUCAGGGCUUCUUCAUGGUUGUUCUUUAUGGAAAUACUGAUUCAAAGGACCCUCUGCUUUGCUAACGUAAAAAAAAACAACUGGUCAGAUUAACGAAAAGAAGAAAAGUUCUUUUAAUUCUGACCAUUCUGACAGGGUGUAACACUAUAAAGGCUCUGUGUCGCAUAUAGACCUUUAAAGAGCCAUUAUGAAACGGUUGAUAACAGCUCUGAUAAGGUAUUUGAACAAGAAGCCAUUUUAUGGUACUUAUAAUCCCCUUUUUUAAGAGUAUAUGAGAAAUAGGCACUGAAUGGAUACGGCUGCUUCAUUGUAUGAGUCAAAUUUUUAUAUAUAUUUUUUCAUGAUAACAAAAGACCUAAAAUAGUUAAAAGAUCAAGCCAAAAAGAAAAUGCCAGCCGGAUUGGAGGCUUUGGUGGUAAAUAAUGGGCUGUUAGAUGCAGGGACUUUGCCAUGCUACAUAAAAGGGUUUAAUUAAUUGCGGCUCUACAUUUCUGAUUGUGAUCAACAUUUCACCUUUAUUUUCUUGUUAUUCUCCGAUGGACAUUAGUGCUGGUUGCUGUCACUUUCUUUUUUCUGCUCCCCUCUUGUGACCUUCUGAAGUGGGAAACGUCUCAUGAACUUCAGUUUCCUGGAGUUUACAGUCAUAUAUACUGUAAACCAUGAUAUGUUGACUAGAACUUUUUCAACAUACUGAAUUAAUAUUUUGCCGAUAAUAUAAUGGCUAAGGGCCGGGAUACGCUAUGUUAUUUGAAAUAAAUCAAACCCAGUGAUCAUUGCCACCCUAUUUGAUUUAGUUUAUUUAACUUACAUCCAACAGUGGAAAUAAUGUGUUUUUGCACCUUUAACAGAUAAUAUGAAAUUGAGGCUUCAGUAAUGUAUUGCUAAAAUAACAUAUUCCUUCUCAGUGUAAGGUCUCUGUGUGCCCCAGAGGCCUGGAGCCAUUUUCUCUAAAGUCGUAAAUCAGAAGAAGCGGGUCACAUCUUUCGCCCCGCAAACAUCUGGAAAAGCAAAAAGAGUCGUCAAACAUCGUCAAUGAUUUUAUAAAAUGACCACGUCAAUUAUAGGUAAUUUAGGACACAGCUUGUUAAAUAAAGCUUUCACUCCGCCGCUGUAAUUAUCUGUAAUUGUCAGUCAAGGGAAUAUCCUUCUGCCUCGGGCCCUAAAGGAAAAGGCUAGGAGGUAGUGGAUUACAUCUAACUGGAUUACUGAGGGCUAAUCCUUUCACAACAAAUUGAUCUGUUGAAUGAAUAUUACAAAAAUGCAUUCAUACAUUACUGUAUUAUGCUGCUUGUGGUUAGGUUGUUUUUUUUUUCUUCUGGGGUUUCAUUUUAAUACUCCUUUUGGAGAUCAUGUAACAGAGCAGGACUUUUCAUUUCAUUUUCUCCUGUGUUCAUUUUUUUUUUCGAGGUCAAAAAAGGAGAGUAGUUAGAAUAUAUUCCAAUACUGUGUUAGAAUAAUCCAGUGGUCACGUCAGUGUUUCGACUGAUCAGAUGGACUGAAAGGACAAAAGAAAAUUGGCCAAAUGACCUCCAGGUGCAGUUUAUGUGAGAACAAAAGGCCACGGUGACAAGAGGUGUGUGUGGGAGAAUUUGUGUACGUUUCUGUGUCUGUGUAUCUUAAAAGGUGAUAAAAUCAUUUUUUCCUGGCAGAGAGAGAGAGGCAUUGUUGCACUGUCACACUCUGGGUUGAAAAGUCGGUUGCAUGUAUGACCACACCCAGACGUGCAAAGUCAUAUAGCACUAUAGCGCCACGUUCUACAUCACAGCGGAAACAUUACUAUCGUCAAAUAAUCAUCUCAGGGUGCUUCAUGUUUAGAGCAAAUAUAACACACAUUGAUGGAAUCAGUACAGCUGGCAAAAAGAAGAUGAAAAGAUGGGGCUAAUAAAAAAUAAUGAACUGUAUAGGUGGUCUGUAUACUUUUAGGCGUUUAGGCUCAAGCGAAAUCAUGGCUAAACAUAAUGUUAUUUAAACUCAGUAAAAUCUAGGUUCAGCCUUCUUUAGAUCCAGACAAAACGAAUGCCAGCAUCACUGUGAUUUUUUUUAUUUUUUUUUUUUUUUUUUUAGCAUGAUCUCUAAAUGCUUCCAGAAGUCCGUUGUAUCAGAUCCUGGGCAGUGGUGGAAGAAGUAUUCAGAUCCUUUACCUAAGUAAAAGUGACAAUACCACACUGUGAAAAUAGUC